AACUUGGUACGAACGAGCUGAACUCUCAAAGCUGACAGAGACUGAAGCUGGACUCUAAACAUGCUGCCUGCGAGUUACAGGGACUGUCAGGCUUGGAGAGCAGAAGGUCUCCAGCUGUCCACCAGCAGCAAUGAAGCCUGCAAACUGUUUGAUGCCAUCCUCACACAGUAUGUGAAAUGGAGGAACGAUGAAACCUUGGGAGGAUUCGAAGGAUGCUUUUCUGCUAUCCAGGCAGCUGACCCUAACUUUGUUAUGGGCCACGUGAUCAGUACCGGGCUGGAGGUGGUGGGAACUGGCAGCAGCACCCGGCUGGAUGAGCGUCUGGCCAGCGCCGUGAAGCGAACGGUGGAGCUCGCCAACAGCCAGGAGAUCUCUGAGAGAGAGAGGCUUCAUGUCAAAGCCAUGGAGCUGUUCUCACACGGGAAUUUUCCAAAAGCCAGUAACGUAUGGGAAGAUAUUCUCCUGGAUCAUCCCACCGACCUGUUGGCCCUCAAGUUUGCCCACGAUGCCUACUUCUACAUGGGAGCCCAAAUCCCGAUGAGGGACUCGGUGGCCAGAGUGCUCCCCCACUGGAAGCCACACAUGCCUUUGUCCUGCUAUUUGAAAGGACUCUAUUCCUUUGGUCUCCUGGAGACUCGCUACUACGACCAGGCAGAGAAAGUGGCCAUGGAGGGCCUGGCUCUGGCUCCGGAUGAUGCUUGGAGCGUCCACUCCGUGGCCCAUGUUUGUGAGAUGAAGGCAGAGGUGGACAAAGGCUUGAAGUUCAUGGAGGGCAGAGAGAAGGACUGGCAGGUGUCUGACGUGCUGGCGAGUCAUAACUACUGGCAUUGGGCUCUGUACUUCAUUGAGAAGGGCCAAUACGAAGCCGCGCUGCAGAUAUACGACGCUCAGGUCUUCAAGCGCUGUAAGGCCUCAGGAUCCAUGUUGGACACUGUGGACGCCAGCUCCAUGCUGUGCAGACUGGAAAUGGAAGGAGUGUGUGUGAAGGACCGCUGGAAGCAGCUGCUCCAGGUGACGCAGCCGCACACCGACGAUCACGUGACCUUGUUCAAUGACCUCCACUUCCUCAUGGUGUCGCUGGGAGCUAAAGAGAGCGGGACGAGUCAGCGUCUGCUGGAGGGCCUCCAGGAAUUAGCGAAGCAGCCAGGGGACAAUCAGCAGCACCAGCUAGCGGGGACUAUCGGCGUCCCCAUGUGUCAGGCCAUGAUGGAGUACAACCAGGGCAACUACAAUCAGGCCAUGGAGCUGCUGUACCCUUUGCGCUACCGCAUGGUGGACGUAGGUGGCAGUGACGCGCAGAGGGAUCUGUUCAAUCAACUGCUUAUUCACGCAGCCAUGAAAUCUGAGAAUAAGCAUCACCAGAAACUGGGAAGAUGUCUUGUGGUGGAGCGUGAUGCCGUGAGGCCGAACUCCCCUCUGACCCACCGUCUGAUGCAGAGAGCUCGGGCGCUCCACGUCUGAGAUGAUUGCAAGGUGCGCCGAGCAACAAGAAGAGAAAAAGAGUCCAUCAGAGCCCGGCUGUAAUCUGCUGGGCCGGUGUUGGGCUUUAGGAGAAUUCUUCACAUUGUUGUGAAAACAGCUGAAACCUUUAUGCAGCACUUUUUUCUUUUUUCAUUCUUAGUGCGCUUUUCAUAUGAAGCUCCAAGUGUUGGAUAAUAAAUAAAUCAUUCUAGAAGAACACUGACCUGGAAAACAUUAUAGAAUAAAAUUAAAAAGACCAUGAUUUGAAAAAUAAUGUAAGAAAUAAUUUACUUCUCUUUUUAGUUUAUAUUUCUAUAUUUCCCAAUAACACAUUUCAUUUUUUAUGUGUUACUGUUUAAUUAAAUGCUCCUAACCCUAACAAGCGCAACAACUUCUACCACAUUUAGCCAGUUAGCAAACUAGCGCUACAGCGAUAAUAAAGUUACUCAGAACCUCGGCUGUGUGUCGGCAAAGUCCAAAGAAACUGACUUUUAUUAUUUUAUUCCAUGUUACCUAAGCAGCUGGCCGCUUUGUUUAUUACUUAAUAUCACAUUAACACGCCUUCCUCGCUCGUACGCGGCCAGCUACGGCACAAGGGUCGACUUAGAAGCUAAAAUAUAAAGGUUUAGUUACUGCGUCUAUUCACAGCAGCAGCGAGCUGCUGAUUUACAGCCGUCUGACAAUAACUGCUCCGACCAACAGGUGGUAGAAAGCCGGAGCAGUUGUUGAGCUUAAAGGCAAAGCACAUGUUAGCCGCUAAAAGCCGGGAGUGAGGACGCUGCUAAAGUGACUUUAAGAAAUGAAAUGUGACAUAAAUCUGUGCUAAGCUUCAAUAAUUUCUUCAAUUUCAAUUUUACUGUAUUUAACAAAAUGCAUUCCAGCGUUUGUUUGUUGAAUCUUGUGCAGAUUUCAGAUUGUGGACGUGUUAAUCUGAAGCGCUAUGAGAUGACUGUUGUUGUAAAUAUGCGCUAUACAAAUAAAAUUGAAUUGAAUUGAA